AUGUCUUGGUUAUUUAAUAAACCUUAACAGCCAGUACAAUAACCUAAACUUCCUUCAAAUUUUGCAGAGAAAGUCUUAAAUUUAGAAUUAGAUGUUGAAUCAAAUGCAGCUUCAAAAGAAGAAAUUUAAGAGCUAUUAGAAUUAUAUAGUGUAAUCUGAUCUACUAAUCUAGUAAGCUGUAGAACACUAUUCUUCUAUUAAAUCAGAAAGAUACACUGUAUUUACCAAUAAAAUUCAAGCAUUAUUGAUGAAACCCUAUGUGAAUAAAAUGUUUGGAGCAGAAAUUAAACAAGAAUCCAAAUAAAUAUAAUAAUAACAUGUACAAAAGGAAUAAAUAAAAAACAACAUAUAAUUCAUUUAAUAAAUGGAUAGUAAUAAAUAAGUUUAAUAAAUGAUGACUGCUGCUAUUGAUGAAAAAAUUAAGAAAGAGAAUAUGAUUGCUGAUGAUUUUAAAAUGUAAGAUCAUAGAGUCCAAUAAAGAAUGUUAAAAAGAAUUAAAGUAAUUAAUCACUAUUACUCAAAUUAAGGAUCCUUCAAAAUAUAACUUAGCCAUCUCUAAAAGCACAUCUCUAAGACAUUUAAAGUUGGACAUUGAUUCCUAAAAUUAAUAAUCAACUCUACCAAAUGCCUUAGAAUAAGGAUAAGAGAUCAGAUCUGAUCCAUCAUUAGAUAAUAAGUAUUUGGAGACUGUUGUUUAAUAAUAAUAAACGGAUUUCAUUAAAAAUGAUAAUGAUUAAAUUGAACAGCCUCUUUAAUAACCAAUAUAAAACCUGACAACUCAAAUUACAAAUCCAGAACCUGAAUUAAUUAGUUUACCAAUUAAGCCAUCUUAAAUUAAAGAUUAACUUUAUUCAUAUUUUAAUGAUGAUUCCUAACCAAUAGAUCAACAAAAUUGGUCUCUUUAAUUGGGUGAUCUUUAACAUCCAAAAUCAAAAAAAGUUAGAGAAAUGGUUAACAAAAAUACAGAACUAAUAAAAUAAAAAAAAGAGCUAAAUAAUAUUUUACCAUGUUGA